ACCUCAGGCAUCCAUAACAAUUUUCCCUUUCUCAAUUUCUUCCCAAAACAGCCGAGAUCUCAUCCUCAGCCGAGACCUCAUCUAACCCAAUCCGACCCAUUCAUUCCUUCACCAUCUUAAUCAUUUUUAAUAUCACAAAUGCACUCAUUAUUACCACUAUCUUUAUUCACUCUUUUCUCUUCCGCGCACGCAGCAUACGUUCAGUUCAAGGACUGCAGUGUCCCAUCCUCAUCGGCAUAUACUUACGAUCCAAACAGCCUCAACGUAUUUUUAGAUAAGCAAGACAAUGGAACGACGCUUAGUCUUGGAAUAUUCGGGAACUAUCCCACGAUAGCAUCGUGUCGGAGAUCACUGCUCGACAACGCCUCUGUCGAAUUGAGCUUGGAGGCGCUGGGCGGAACGACUCGCUACAAUGGCGAGAUUCAGAAUGCGACGUGUCGAACUAGGGAGUUUAAGCAGAUCAACACGGUUUUCUACAUGCAGUAUCUCGAGGUUCUUUUCAAGAUCAACGAUCCGAAACCGCUGGCGGCGUAUGAGUUUGAGAUCAACAUUGAUGCUCCGGAUCAUUUCUCAGUGGCGUGUCUCAACGGGUUUCUAACGCCGGAUAUUGGAUACACGGUCCAGGAGAUUUCAUUCUGGAUACCGGCACUUACGUUUAUUCUGGUCGUUUUGGCAGCUGUGUGGAGAGAAUGGUAUAAUCUCGUGCAUCCGCUACGAGAUGAUGAUGAAUCCGGGCAGGAAAGAAGUUCAAGCCGAUCUCAUCUGACGCGCAUCGCCGAUUGUCUCGCAUAUAUCCAAUUCAUCUUCUUUUCCAGCGCGCUCAGCCUUCGACAACCUGGAUUUCUUCAACCAGUGGCCAGUUCGACGAGCUGGUCUACGCUCAUGACUCGACGGGGUAUAGUUUGGCGACAUUCGCUGUAUUAUGGUAUUCAUGAUGGAAUCCACGAGAUCAACGGCACGUUUGGCGGGACUUCGGGGCUGGAGCAUAUGACGCAGGUGAUGGGGGCUCCAGUAACAGUGGAAACCUGGACAAACAUUGCGACGCUGGCGGUUGUCAUUCUCGUGCUUUUGUACGCGGUCAUCCAGGCUGGGCUUCGUUUGAGAUGGACUCGCGAUUGGUUUCAGCAAUCGGGCAGAUGGAUGAUUGACAGGUCAUCGAAGCCGCACAAGGCUACGAUUUGGGUCGCUUUACGAGCCUACCUGAGUUAUCUACUUCUCCCGCUUACGGCAUGGACGACGUAUCAACUAGACAGCGCCAGCUUACGCCCGGUUUACUAUACACUGCUCGUCAUCGUGGUAGUUGUUCUGUUGGUUAUUGGGUGCUGGUGGGGAAUGUCGCGGAGUCCUCAAGACAUGGGUUAUUUACUGGUUGACAAUCUUCACAAGCAGACACCGGAGGAACCCUCACGAACGCAGGACUAUUACAGCUAUGUUACAUUCAUUCUUCUUUUCGCUCGGGGCGUCAUCAUCGGUGGAUUACAGCGUUUCGGGACCGUGCAGUUGCUUUCGCUCAUGGCUUGUGAAGUCAUUCAGUUGGGCUUUCUCGCUUGGGUCAGCGCGACAUCUGGGAUACUGUCAAAGCCGGUCUUGAUCGCCGGUGCACGACUUUCAGCGCUUCUUCUCUGUUUAGGAAUGAUUCCUGAUUUGUGGAGCCAUACUGCCGCGAGUGCGCUUGGCUAUGUUUUGCUAGCUUUCCAUGCUCUGUUCUUACUUGGGAUGUUUCUUUUUCCCUCAGCUUACGACUCUGCCCGUCUUGGCGUCACUUGUUACAGUGAAUGGCAGACUCCCCAACAACCUGCUCGCGACUCUUCACUCGAGCGACCCCAGGUUUACGGCCUUCGUCAACUCUCAAGACGUCCAACGACAAGAACAGACCUAACAAACCAAAGCAUCAUGGACCACGAAAGAAGCAGCAGUCUAUCAAGCUCAGCCAACUCAUCCUCCGACUCCGCCAACAGAUCCUCCCGCGGUUCAGAGCCCGUAUCCCCCGAACUCCUCCGGACAUACUUCCGCUCCCCCCGGCCCGAAAGAUCUGUCUCAAGUCUUUCCGACAGACGUCAAUUCUCAUCAUUCGAAUCACCACGACCCGAGCGCUGUGCAUCACGCUCUUCACCACGCCAUCAGCAAUUUCCAUCCUUUGAUACCGCACGCCCACCAACCGUUUACGAGAAUCCUGCGGAGAGGAAUUCCGUUGGUUCGAGUUUGAGUACGGAUAGUGGAGAUUUGGGAGAGCAGCCUUCUGCGUGGUCGGCGAUAUUGCCGUCGAAUACGAAUGUGGAUUAUUCGUUUAGGGAAACGGAUUUGUAUUAUGUAAAGCCAAGGGAGGUGUCGUUUGGCAAUGCUGAUAGGGUUGAUGAUGGCGAGGGACAGGCUUCGGGAUGGGCUGGGAAGCUCAAGUUUUGGUCAUGAUAAUUUAUGUAAUCAGUUUUCUUUGUCUCGGCUGGGGAAAAAAAAGGUAAUGGGAGCGACUGUGAUUCAGGAAUAAUAAGUUUAAUGAACACUGAUUCAUACAUUUGAACUCGUCACCGUGAA